AUGGAGCGUGACGUUCGACGGGAUCGAAGCCAAUGGCGAGGCUGCCACACCUUCAACAACAUCAUCUGCGACGGAGACCAAGUUGGGAAUCCAAAACGUAGCGGUGGGUUGAAGAUGGGUCAAACGUACUAUUACUAUUACGAAGUAGACGGCAUCACAGAAAUGCACGAUCCUUCCAAGCCUACGACCAACGCGUGCCCAUACCUCCCCGGCCAGACCGUCAACGCCCUCGAGGUCCCUCUCGAGCACCCCCUCUCGCGGCUCAGGAGCGCGUCGAUGAACUCCCUACGCAUCACCGACUACAAGACGAUGAACCCCGGCGACAAGUUCGUGACGCCGCGGCCGGCGCCGCCGGUGCCCAGCCUCCCCGACCUGCGGGUGGGUUCCUCGCCGGUGAUGUCGACGCUGGCGUACUCGCGGUCGGCCCGCUCGCUGUCGCCCGCGCCGCGGUGGACGCGGCGCUUCUUCGGGCGGCGGAGGGCCGGCCACGGCCACGGCGCUGCCGACGCCGACGCGAGCAGCGAGACCGAGGGCGAGAGCGCCUGCGGCGAGGACAGCCGGCGCAGCGCGACGCCGUCUGGCAGCGUCCGGUCCCGCGACAUGUCGCCCGAGUCGCUGCGCCGGUUCCUCUCCGACGACCGCCCGCUGACGCCGCCUACCGCCGUCGCCGUCGACCCGGCCCCGAAGCUGUCGAUACCCGACGAGAUCGCGGAGGAGAACGAGGACGACGACAACUUCGCGUCGCUCGUGUCGGCCGCGUCCGAGAACGCGCCCGUCACGCAGCUGUCGCCGCCGCCCUUCCAGCGCAGCGCGCCCGCGCCCGCGGUGCCGCGCUGCCCUACCAGGCCGCCGCCGACCCCGCGCGCGUCCGACGGCGCGCUGCCCGAGUCGUUCGAGCCGCGCCCGCGCGCGGCGACAAUCGAGGUGGACAUCCCGCGGUCGCGCUUCUCGCUGUCGACGGCGGCGUCGCCGACGUCGCCGCAGUCGGCCGAGUCGCGGGACCGCAGCCAGUACUCGUUCUUCGACGACUCGGAGGACUCGGACGAUGACGACGACGACGAGGUCCUGUCCAACGCUGACGAGUCCUUCGUCAUCCAGGGCACCCGCGAGGAGCCCUCCACCGACGCCAACGCCGACGCCCGCCGCUCCGUCCCCAAGAAGCACGCCUACGCCCCCUUCACCGGCUGCUACCGCCUGCCCUCGCACCCCGCCCACCUGCAGGGCGAGAAGCCGCUCGACGCGACCCGCGGCAACGCCCCCGCCGCGCUCGGCUCGCCCGACCUCCUCGCUCGCAUCGACGGCGACGGGCCCCUCGGCAACGCGGGCCUGCUCAGCCGCCCCGGCCUCGACGCAGGCCUCGACGACCUCGUCAACGACAUGGGCUGGAUGGCCGACGUCAUCCAGCCCAAGUACGUUUGA